AUAGCACAUUCAUUACUGGGCCAAAACAGAUUCGACCGUUGCUUCACACGCCCCUCUACAUUCUUCAUUCAAAUUUAUAUUUUCGUGGCAUUCUUGUUUUCAUCAGCAUUUCCCAACACCUCUCGGAAUUUCACGAAACCAUUUCAAAAGCUCUGCUUCUCCAUGGCUACCUCACCAAAAGAAACCUCAGCUCCUGGUUCACCCUCUGUACCAUCAUCUCCAUCAUCCACCAAAGCACCAUCAAACCAGGAACGACCUGAAUUCAAUAUACAACCCAUCCAAAUGAUUCCUGGUUCAGCCCCUGUUCCUGAAAAACUGGUUCCCAAGAGACAACAGGGAGUGAAGACUUCUGAAAACCCUAGCCUUGCAGCAAGUCCUAGGGAAGUAGACACGGAGAUGGACAAGAAGAUCCGCAGUAUUGUGAGUAGCAUUCUGAAAAAUGCUUCUGACCCUGAUGCUGAUACAGAUGUUCCAACAUCUUCCACCCCAAAUGUUUCUGUCCCUGAUGCUGAUGAAGAUGUUCCAACAUCUUCCACCCCAAAUGUUUCUGUGCCUGAAGCUGAUAAAGAUGUUCCAACAUCCUCCAUCCCAAAUGCUGAAGUCCUCUCUUCAUCCAGCAAAGAGAGAUCAACAGAGGAAGAGGAACAAGCCACAGAGGAGACCCCAGCACCAAGGGCACCAGAACCUGCUCCAGAAAGAUUACAAAGCAGAAAGGGAAAAACCCCCAUUACUAGGUCUGGACGAAUCAAAACGAUGGCACAGAAGAAGAGCACACCAAUCACUCCUACCACAUCCAGAUGGAGCAAAGUUGCAAUCCCCUCCAAGAAGAGGAAAGAAAUUUCCUCAUCUGACUCUGAUGAUGAUGUCGAACUAGAUGUUCUCGACAUCAAGAAAGCCAAGAAAUCAGGGAAAAAGGUGCCUGGAAAUGUCCCUGAUGCUCCAUUGGACAACAUUUCAUUCCACUCCAUUGGCAAUGUUGAAAGGUGGAAAUUUGUAUAUCAACGCAGACUUGCUGUUGAAAGAGAACUGGGAAGAGAUGCCUUGGAUUGCAAGGAGAUCAUGGACCUCAUCAAGGCUGUUGGACUGCUGAAAACUGUCACCAAGUUGGGAGAUUGCUAUGAAGGUCUAGUCAGGGAAUUCAUUGUCAACAUUCCCUCUGACAUAACAAACAGAAAGAGUGAUGAUUAUCAGAAAGUGUUUGUCAGAGGAAAGUGUGUUAGAUUCUCCCCUGCUGUGAUAAAAAAAUACCUGGGCAGACCAACUGAAGGAGUGGUGGAUAUUGAUGUUUCUGAGCAUCAGAUUGCCAAGGAAAUCACUGCCAAACGAGUCCAGCAUUGGCCAAAGAAAGGGAAGCUUUCUGCAGGGAAGCUAAGUGUGAAGUAUGCAAUCCUGCACAGGAUUGGCGCUGCAAACUGGGUUCCCACCAAUCAUACUUCCACUGUUGCCACAGGUUUGGGUAAAUUUCUGUAUGCUGUUGGAACCAAGUCCAAAUUUAAUUUUGGAAACUAUAUUUUUGAUCAAACUGUUAAGCAUUCAGAAUCUUUUGCUGUCAAAUUACCCAUUGCCUUCCCAACUGUAUUGUGUGGCAUUAUGUUGAGUCAACAUCCAAAUAUUUUAAACAACAUUGACUCUGUGAUGAAGAGAGAAUCUGCUCUAUCCCUGCAUUACAAACUGUUUGAGGGGACACAUGUCCCAGACAUUGUCUCGACAUCAGGGAAAGCUGCUGCUUCAGGUGCUGUAUCCAAGGAUGCCUUGAUUGCUGAACUCAAGGACACAUGCAAGGUGCUGGAAGCAACCAUCAAAGCCACCACAGAGAAGAAAAUGGAGCUGGAACGGAUGAUCAAAAGACUCUCAGAAAGUGGCAUUGAUGAUGGAGAAGCAGCUGAGGAAGAAGAAGCAGCUGAGGAAGAAGAAGAAGCUGCUGAGGAAGAAGAAGAUGCAGCAGAAGAGACAGAAUCAGAUGAUGAUGAUUCUGAAGCCACCCCAUGA